CACGCCCGUGCCCAGCCAACAUGGCUGACAGCAUCCCGUUGAAUCCGGUUCGGAAAAGCUCCAGGAGAAUCGCGAAUUACAACUCGGGCCGACAUUCCAGAUUCUCGCUUGAAGAUGAGCCGUCCAACCUGGACGAGAUGCCCCUGAUGAUGUCCGAGGAAGGCUUCGAGAAUGAUGAGAGCGACUACCAGACGCUGCCCCGCGCCAGAGCGGGCCAGAGGCACAGAGGGCUGGGCUGGUUCCUGCUGGGAGGCUGGAAGGUCCUCUGUAGCAGCUGCUGUGACUGUCUGGCUCACAUCUGUCGGAGGAAGAAGGAGCUCAAGGCUCGGACCGUUUGGCUCGGAUGUCCAGAGAAAUGUGAAGAGAAGUAUCCGAAAAACGCCAUCAAGAACCAGAAGUACAACAUCCUGACCUUCGUGCCUGGGGUUCUCUACCAGCAGUUCAAGUUCUUCCUCAACCUGUACUUCCUGGUGGUGGCCUGCUCCCAGUUUGUGCCGUCGCUGAAAAUCGGAUACCUGUACACCUACUGGGCGCCUCUGGUUCGUAGCUAUUUUCCUCCUUUUUUCUUCCAAGUGUUCAAUUCUAUUCAGUUUAUUUCUAUAUCACCCUGUAAAAUCCAGGUGAAAAGUUCGGACAUACAAGUCGGAGACCUGAUAAUUGUGGAGAAGAACCAGAGGAUUCCAGCAGACAUGAUUUUCCUGAGGACGUCUGAGAAAACGGGGUCGUGCUUCAUCAGGACGGAUCAGCUGGACGGAGAGACGGACUGGAAGCUGAAAGUGGCGGUUUGCUGCACUCAGCGCCUCCCAGCUGUUGGGGACCUCUUCUCCAUCAGCGCCUUCGUCUACGCCCAGAAGCCCCAGCUGGACAUCCACAGCUUCGAGGGGAACUUCACACGGGAAGACACAGACCCUCAGAUCCACGAGAGUCUGAGCAUUGAGAACACUCUGUGGGCGAGCACGGUGGUGGCAUCUGGAACGGUGAUCGGAGUGGUGAUCUACACGGGGAAAGAGACGCGCAGCGUUCUGAACACGUCUUACGCCAAGAACAAGGUGGGCCUUCUGGACCUGGAGCUGAACCGCCUCACCAAAGCCCUGUUUCUGGCCCAGCUGGUUCUCUCUGUCGUCAUGGUGGCUCUGCAGGGCUUCGUGGGACCGUGGUUCAGGAACCUCUUCCGAUUCGUGGUCCUGUUUUCCUACAUCAUUCCCAUCAGCCUGCGGGUCAACCUGGACAUGGGGAAGUCGGCGUACGGGUGGAUGAUCACCAAGGACGAAAACAUUCCCGGCACGGUGGUCAGAACCAGCACCAUACCAGAAGAACUGGGUCGGCUCGUCUACCUGCUGACGGAUAAGACAGGAACUCUGACCCAGAAUGAGAUGAUUUUCAAGCGGCUGCAUCUGGGAACCGUCUCCUACGGCACCGACACCAUGGAUGAGAUCCAGAGCCACAUCAUCCAGUCCUACGCUCAGGUCAGCUCUCAGCCGUCAGGGGGCGGCGCCGGAAGCAGCGCCACGCCGCUACGGAAGAACCCGCCGUCUGGGCCCAAGGUCCGUAAGAGCGUCAGCAGCCGCAUCCAUGAAGCGGUGAAGGCCAUCGCCCUGUGUCACAACGUGACGCCCGUCUACGAGUCCCACGCCGCCGUAAACGGUGAGGCGGAGUCUGCGGAGGCCGACCAGGACUUCAGCGACGACAACCGGACGUACCAGGCCUCCAGUCCGGACGAGGUAAAGAUGCGUCUGAGAGAAACCAAACGCAGAAAUGAUGAAAGGGUGAGCCAGUCCUGGCCUUCCUCCAUCGGCUGGCUGUUAGUCCAUUUAAAGUGUGGCAACAUGGCCAGAGAAGGCCUGCGGACCCUGGUGGUGGCCAAGAAGGGCCUGUCUGAGGAGCAGUACCAGGACUUUGAGAAUCGGUACAACCAGGCCAAGCUGAGCAUCCAUGACCGGGCGCUGAAGGUGGCGGCGGUGGUGGAAAGCCUGGAGCGGGAGAUGGAGCUGCUGUGUCUGACCGGAGUGGAGGACCAGCUGCAGGCCGACGUCAGGCCCACGCUGGAGCUGCUGAGGAACGCCGGCAUCAAGAUCUGGAUGCUGACGGGAGACAAGCUGGAGACGGCGACGUGCAUCGCCAAAAGCUCCCAUCUGGUUUCCAGGAACCAGGACAUCCACGUCUUCAAGCCGGUCUCCACCCGAGGAGAGGCCCAUCUGGAGCUGAACGCCUUCAGGAGGAAGCAUGACUGCGCACUGGUCAUCUCCGGAGACUCUUUAGAGGUCUGCUUGAGGUAUUAUGAGCACGAGUUUGUAGAGCUGGCCUGUCAGUGUCCGGCGGUGGUCUGCUGUCGAUGUUCUCCCACUCAGAAGGCCCAGAUCGUCCACCUCCUCCAGCAGCACACGGCCAACAGAACCUGCGCAAUAGGAGACGGAGGAAAUGACGUGAGCAUGAUCCAGGCUGCAGACUGUGGGAUUGGGAUCGAAGGAAAGGAAGGGAAGCAGGCGUCUCUGGCUGCAGACUUCUCCAUCACCCAGUUCAAACACAUCGGCCGCCUCCUCAUGGUCCACGGCAGGAACAGCUACAAGCGCUCGGCGGCCCUCGGCCAGUUCGUGAUGCACCGCGGCAUGAUCAUCUCCACCAUGCAGGCCGUCUUCUCCUCGGUCUUCUUCUUCGCCUCGGUUCCUCUGUACCAGGGCUUCCUCAUGGUCGGGUACGCCACCAUCUACACCAUGUUCCCCGUCUUCUCCUUGGUUCUGGAUCAGGACGUGAAGCCCGAGAUGGCUCUGCUCUACCCAGAACUUUACAAGGACCUCACCAAGGGCCGCUCCUUAUCCUUCAAGACGUUCCUGAUCUGGGUUCUGAUCAGCAUCUACCAAGGUGGCAUCCUGAUGUACGGCGCCCUGCUGCUGUUUGAGUCGGAGUUUGUUCACGUGGUGGCCAUCUCGUUCACGGCGCUGGUUCUGACGGAGCUGCUGAUGGUGGCGCUCACCGUGCGGACCUGGCACUGGCUCAUGGUGGUGGCCGAGUUCUUCAGCCUGGGCUGCUACCUCGCCUCCCUCGCCUUCCUCAACGAGUACUUCGGUACGUGAGCCGCUUAACGCUGGGUUCUGCUUCUGCUCUUCGCUCACUUUGAGACAAAGCCGCAGGUUUCUGGGCUUCAUGGAGCUUCUGGGUGUAGAACCGGGUCAGGUUCUUGACCUCUGGAGGAUCCAGAGGGAAACAUCUCAGCAGAACAGAAAACAGUCUGCCUGAACCUAUGGAGAGAAAUCUGAUCCAAAAAUCACUGAAAGCACUGUUUAAAAAAAGCAAAUACUAUGAAAGUUACUAUGGAAUACUAUGAAAAUUUGUUUUAAAAAAAAUUGUUUUGAGUCUAUUAUGAGUAUGAAAA